AUGGCGGUUUCCUUCCUGUCGAACCAGCCAGCCGCGGUCGCCCUCGCCGCCGCGGCCGGCGCAGAGCCGUCCAGGCUGUUGUUGGACGCCGCCGCAGAGGAUGAGCCCGGCGGCAGCGGCAGCGGAGCCCUCGGCGGCUUCUCCAACGCGGCGCCCGCGGCGGCGGUCGACGGCGGCGGGGCUGGCGGCAACAGCGGCGGCGGCGGCGGCGGCGGCGACGGUGGCGGCGGCGGCGGAGAGGAUCUGGGGCUGCCCAGCCCGGAGGAGGCGGCGCGGCUGGUGCUGGCUGAGCUGGGCCUCAAAUCUGCAGAUUCUGGGCUGGACAUGGUGAUCCUCCACGCAGACGCCCGCCCAGCCGCCCCCAGAUCUCCCCAGAUCUCCGCCGGAUCACACCAGAUUACCGAGCCGCCGCACGACGACGCGGCGGCGGCGGCGCCAGCGGCGGCGGCGGCGUCGGCGGCGAGGGCGGUGGCGGGGUGGGCGGACAGGGUGCUGCGUUACCUCAACAACAGUCCUGAAUUUCGCGAGGCGGUCCUCCUGGCCGUCGUGCUCACCCCCGCCGGCGCCGACCUCGGCCCCGGCCUGCUGGCGCCCGGCGGCAUCCCGCUGGCGCGUCGAAAAGGCAGCGAGGGCGGCGGCAGCGGCGGUGGCGGUGGCGGAGGCGGCGGCGCGGUGCCGCGGCCGCGGCAGAGCUGGCAGCAGCUCGGGAGCGGUGCCGCCGCCGCCGACGCGCGGCGGCCGGCGCUCGUCGUGCGGCGGCUGCCUGGGGUCGUGCGUGUGGAUGGGUGCGUGCGCGCGGGCCUUGCGGAGUGCGUGGAGAGAGGGGGGCUGCUGGGGACGAUGGCGGAUCGGCUGAUUCCCGAGAUCGCCUACAAGAUUGGCCGCGCCCCAAAAUACGGCGCCUAG